ACAUCAUUUACCCCGGAUGUGUUGGUUAGCUACAAAAAAGGCAGUGGCUACUAUCGGCUAGCGUUAGUGGUGUACUUAUCUCAUGUUACAAAGAACUUUAUUGGCAUAUUAGUGUGAAUUUAAACCGUAUUCACAACUUAAAUAAAAUAUGGGUACAAGCAUAUAAAUGAGUAAGCACAGCGAGUAACGGCGAAGUAAAAGAAGUCCGGUAGUCUAUAGCUGUUAGCACAACACUAGCUUUCAGAUAGAUACCCAAACGUAAAUUAGCGUUGUUUAGAAAUUAACAGCCAUGAGUCUGGCAGUCGGUCGGGAACCCAGAAAGACUGCGGGAAACCGCAUGUCUAAACUCCUGGAUGCUGAAGAAGAGGAUGAGUUCUACAAGACCACUUAUGGAGGCUUCAACGAUGAAUCAGGAGAUGAUGAGUAUCAUGGUGAACAUUCAGACACAGAAGACGAGGUGGACAGCGACUUUGACAUCGAUGAGGGAGACGAGCCAGACAGCGACCAGGAGGAGGAUGCACCUCGGCGGAAAAGUCGAGUUGUCACUAAAGCUUAUAAGGAACCCAUAAAAGUGGCAAAACCCAAACCGAAAAGACCCUCUGAGGAACAGAAGAAGACUGAGAAAACUAAAGUGGAGCUCAAAAGGAGGAUUCCACAAGAAUUCCAAGAUUUUAACGAGACUCGGAAGUCUGUGCGACAGUCCACCAGUGAACAUACCCGAAAGACCAAUCUGCGCUUGCAAGAGCGUCAGGAUGCCCCUCGGAGAAGGAGAGGUGCUCACCGUGACCGGCCCCUUACCCAGGAAGAACUGCUGGCUGAGGCCAAGAUAACUGCUGAGAUCAACAUUCGGUCACUAGAGAAUUAUGAACGUCUCGAGGCAGACAAGAAGAAACAAGUCCACAAGAAGCGGCGUUUUGAAGGACCAACUAUCCGUUACCAUUCAGUCCUGAUGCCCCUUGUCUCUCACUCAGUCCUAAAAGAAGAAAAUGUAGAUGUUGAGGGGUUGGAUCAGGACGUUCCUCAGACUGCACCGCAAAAUCCCACCACACCUUCCCAGCAGCCUGCUGGAGGCUUGUGCUCCCGUACCUACAUAACAUUCAGUGAUGAUGAGGCGUUCGAGGCGGCCUUUCCACGCAGCGCACAGUCAAGUCCUCAGCUUCCCGUCCAGGAGGUUUGUCCCGUCACUCACAAGGCUGCACUGUACCGAGACCCAGUCACUGACAUACCUUACGCUAACACACGAGCCUUCCGCAUCAUCCGGGAAGCGUACCGUAAAUACGUGGCUGCUCAUGGAUUUCCAAACACUUCGGGAGGGGUGACGGGACAUGACUCCUCGGCAACGAAGGGUGCUCGCCAGAAAAUGGUUGUUAAACAAAGUGCGGUUUCAACAUAGGCUAGUCUCAUAAAAAAUUUAGGAUAUAGGUAUGUGUGUCUUUCUAUAUUUCUCAGUUGAGGCACAGUGACUUGAUUGUGUGACACGUGGGAAAACCAUAACCAAUUGAUCACCACCACCACCACAGGUACCAUUUCUCCAAACAACUUGGCAACUGGCACCGGGAAUUUGGAGAAAAAAGACAUUUUGGGAUUAAGCAGAAGCUGUUAUAAUUACGUUACAGGUGUUGAAGUGAUGAAAGGUAAUAUUUUGCAAAAAUGUUCAGUGUUCAGUAAAAAACUAACACGGACAAACCAGAUUGGUUGGUACAUUCCCUUAAACUGCAAAAUAAGUCUCACUAGUGUUGUCUCUGUGUAUGAGAGUUCGUUCUGUACAUUAAUACCCAGACAAAUCCCGGGUGAGUGGAUGAAAAACUACAACUUGGCUUUGCAAUUCAAAAUAGGUUUGAUUCUGCACAUUGGCAGCUUUGAUUUUUUUUAUUUGCUUUUUUUACUGUUAAGGUUUUUUGUUUCUACAAUUGUACAUAC